AUGUCUGCAACUUUACCAAAUAUGAGCUUCUAUGCUCCCACUUCAUCUUGCAGAAUGAAGAAAACUUCCAAUGUCAAAUUGACAACAUUGUCAAGAACAAGGAAUAGAAUUUUCUACAACAAUGUAAAGGCUAUGGCAAUAGGAGAUGAAGCAAGCUUGCAGAGGGCUAAGCAGCAGCAAUUGACACCAAAGAUGAAGGUGUUGCAAGCUUCACCUAGAGUGUUGUUGAACCAGUUUCCAGUAGCUAGAACUGUGCAACAAAUGAUGGACACAAUGGAUAGGAUUGUGGAAGAUCCAUUGGUGUACAAUGACGAUUCCCGUUGGAUAGUUCUGGAAAAUGAUGAACAUGUUAAGAGAAAAAAUCCUUGGCUAAUAAAAGAAGGCCAAGAUGAUUACAAGGUUAGAUUCAACAUGCCUGGUAUGAACAAGAAUGAUGUUAAGGUAUGGAUUGAAGAGAAAAUGUUGGUUGUGAAAGCAGAAAAAGUAGCUAUGGAACAACAUGGAGUUCAAGCAAAUGGCAAUGGAGAACUAAGUCAAGAACAUGAAGAUUGGCCUGCUAAUAGUUAUGGUAGGUAUAGUCAUAGGAUUUCUCUUCCAGAAAAUAUCGAGUUUGACAAAAUUAAGGCACUGGUUAGAGAUGGUGUUCUUUACAUAACAAUCCCUAAAGCCAAAGCUAAUGCAAAAGUAAUUGGCAUAGAUGUUCAGUAA